AUCGUUGCCCAAACCCAAAUCCAAGCUUAAUUUCUCACUAAUCUAUCAAAUUGACCCGAAAAUUAACAAAUCUGGCCCUAGCGUCUCCUUCCUCUCCCUUUUCACCGAAGCUCGAGUUCUCAUUUCUUUGUUCACCGACUCAAUCUUAAGCUCACCGGAGAUUGCCGCUGGAAGGCUUUUCCAGCAAAGAAACCCUUCGACAACGAUAGAGAAGAUCUCCGGCAACGAUUCUUCCUCUCUCGUCCUUGCUUGUAUGAUUGUCGACGACGAAGAAAUCGAUUAAGAAAGAAAAAGAAGGAUGGUUCUGUCGGAAGAGGAAAUCAACAGGCUCUAUAGAAUUAGGAAGACGGUGAUGCAGAUGCUGAGGGACAGGGAUUACCUUGUUGGGGACUUCGAGAUCAAGAUGAGUAGAGAAGAAUUUAGAAGAAAAUAUGGCGAGAACAUGAAGAGGGAAGACCUUGUCAUCAACAAAUCCAAGAAGGAUAAUUCUUCUGACCAGAUCUAUGUCUUCUUCCCCGAAGAAGCUAAGGUUGGUGUCAAGACCUUGAAGACUUACACCAAUCGAAUGAACUCCGAGAAUGUUUUCAGGGCUAUCUUGGUUUGUCAACAGAAUUUAACACCAUUUGCCCGCACUUGUAUCAGUGAAGUUUCUCAAAAAUUUCACUUGGAGGUUUUCCAGGAAGCAGAAUUGCUGAUCAACAUAAAAGAACAUGUUCUUGUGCCUGAGCAUCAAGUACUUACUGAUGCAGAGAAGAAAACUUUGAUUGAGAGAUAUACUGUGAAAGAAACUCAACUUCCUAGGAUUCAAGUUACUGAUCCUGUUGCAAGAUAUUACGGAUUGAAGCGUGGACAAGUUGUUAAGAUAAUCCGGCCAAGUGAGACUGCAGGCAGAUAUGUUACCUACCGAUUUGUUGUAUAAGAAUUUCCUUCAACGUCCUGACUAUAUUUAUGCUAGCUGUUGUGUGCUUUGCAGAGAGAAUAGACCUUUCUGCUCAUGGUUUUUUUAUUACACUUGAUAUUGGCUUUGAUUGGAAGAUGGGUAAAGGAAAACCUUUUAGGUAUUUCACUUAUGGGGCUGCAUUUUCUGAGGUGGAAAUUGACACCUGGGCUUUUGGGCUCCUUUCAUAUGUGGAGAAAAAACCCAAAUGUUAGUAUCCAAAUCCAUGAAUAGUUGAAGUAGUUGAGGUGAGUUAAGGUUGAGAGAGAGAGAUCAUUUUUGAAAGGAGAACACCAAACAGGCAAACAUUAGAGAGAAAAGAAGAGAGAAAGUUAUUUUUGCACAUACACAAAGCUGUCUCUGUAAAUUGGUCGCUGCAAAUUCGUUAACCGUUGGAUCGAGCUCAAAUUUGGACAGUGUGUUCUACACAUUUGGUUCUUUGAUUUCACCAUUCAGAUCUUCGAUUCAAUAUCUGUAGCUGAGAUAUUGGCCACGCACAACAGCUCUGUUUUUGUGGUAUUUUCAUCUUCUUGUUCUUGUUUUGUAAGCUUUGAAGUUUGGGUUGUUUGGCUUGUUGUAUGCACGUUUUGUGCAGUAAUUUGUGACUCUCUUGUACCCUAUUUUUCAUCAUAG